CCAGAAGAUCCUAGAUCUUCGGAUGGCAGAUAUAUAAAGCGGAAGGCAUGUACGGGAUGUUAAGUCAGUGCAGUGAGAAACUUUCGAGCAGCAGCUAGGAAAAAUAAUAUACCUUUUUUCAACAUGAAUUCAUUGGUAAUAACUUUAUGCGUCUUCGUGGCAGCAGUAUCGAUGAUAGCAGCAUUCCCACAAAAUGUUGUAGAUGACAGGGUGUUAGCUAGAUCUAACAACCAAAUUUCUAUUGUCAGACAAGCUUCAGAUGGGCCGAAUCCUGAUGGUUCUUACAGCUAUAGCUAUGAAACCGGUAACGGUAUCCAAGCUCAGGAAGAUGGUCAUCUCAAUAACGUGGGUACUGAUCAGGAGGCCUUGGAAGCGCGAGGUAGCUACAGUUAUACUGACAACGAAGGCAACAUCUUCCAAGUCUCAUAUGUAGCCAACGAGAACGGAUUUCAGCCAGAAGGUGCUCACUUGCCUUCAGUACCACCACUAAUCCAGAGGGCUCUUCAAUAUAUUGCCGAACAUCCUGAGGAAAACGGACAGGAAUAAGGCUGGACAUGACAAAAAAAAUCGGCAAAUCACAAACGAAUCAGGAUAAAAUGACCAAUCAGAAUAAGUUCAACACGGAUUCGAUGAUUGAAUUGAGAAUUAACAGAUAUUCAAUUCUCAUGGAGGCCGACAAUCUCGAGAUGCCGUUAUUCGUGACGUGAUUAGUUUUAUAAUAUUUGUAUAAUAUUAUCAAUAUAUUUAUAUAAUAUAUUUGCAUAUAUUAUUAUUAAUUUUAUACGGUAAAUAUGUAUUGUAAAUCUUGCAAAAUGAACGUGUUAAGAUUUUGAUAA